AUGUUGAUUCGACUCUUUAUAAUAAAUAUUUUUCUAUGUAUUAUUGUUCAAUGUGCAUCGAUAAACACUCUAAAAGAAAAACCUUCGUCUAGUUUUACAUUUCCGAAACAAUAUUCAAACGAUUAUGAUGGAAAUUUAAGCAUCGAAGGUAGUGGUAACAUUGCUAAUCUCGACGAAUAUCCUGACGAAGAUGAUAAUGAUGAUGAUUUAUCAAAACUAACUUCAACUACGAUAUCUACUCGAAUCACAACAGCGAAACGUCUUAUACCGAAACUUGUUGAACAAAAAAAGAAAACUGAAUCUAUCGAAAAACUCGAUGAUAUCGAUUCAAAUGAAUUCGACGAUGAUUAUAAAGAAGAUCUCGAAGAUGACACUGUUUACAAUGAAGUAACAACAAAAGUUACAAGUACUGGACCAUCAACAACGAAUGCAUUAGAUGUUACUCGUCGUCCGGCAUCGAUUCGCGGAUUUCUAAGUUUUCUAUCACGUCCACCCAUUGCUGCUGGUAUUCUUGGCGGUUUAGCUAUUGGAAUUGUGACAUCAGUUAUUCUUCUUAUUUGUAUAAUACUACAUUUUCAAAAGCGUGAACGAACACAUUCAUCAUUCACAACAGGUCUUCUCUAUCCAAAUCAAUAUGGCUACACAAAAACUCCACAGGAAUUCUAUGCCUAA